AUGACAUCUUCAGCCUCACCAGAUAGCUUCCAAUUGUCCCUAGACCAGGUGAUAUCCCACAUUCUGCACCGUCAACAAACACUAGACACGCUCCCCACUCUCCCAUCUCCAACUUCUAUCCAAUCGACUCUCUCUAGUUUGCCUACCUCACUACCGGAAAAAGGUCUCGGUACUUCAGAUACUACUUCAUAUUUGAUAGAAGAACUAUUGCCAGGUAUACUCCAAGCUCAGAACGGACCUCGUUACUAUGGAUUUGUAGUGGGAGGGACAACUCCCGCUGCUCAUCUAGCUGAUAUACUAUCUACAAGCUAUGAUGAGAAUGUCCAGGUGAAUCUGCAUCAGCAGACUGCUUCUACGGCCAUUGAGCAGAGAGCAUUGGAGCUGGUUUUGGAUCUACUGAAUGUUAAAAGAGAUACUUUUCAGGGUAGGACGAUUACGACGGGAGCUACGGCUAGUAACAUCUUGGGAUUGGCCUGUGCAAGGGAUCAUCUCCUGUCACGAUCCCCUCACCUACCCCCCGGAUAUUCAUGGGCGAGGGAUGGACCACCUUCCUCACCUACGCUCCCUUCACCGCCGAUUGUGAUCUUAUCGAUACAUCCUCAUUUCUCUAUAUCAAAAGCCGCGUCCCUAGUGGGGCUGGGAGGCGGACCCAGAGUCAUCCAGACUAUGCCUUCGGAUCCAGAGGACGAAUUGACUUUCGACCUGGAGGCUCUUGAAGGAAGGCUGAAAGCUGAGAAAGAGAUUGGUAGAGGAGUAAUCGUUUGUUAUGGCUUGGGCGAAGUGAAUACGGGUGGUUUCGGUAAAGGUUUGGAUAGAGUUGCGGAGCUUUCGAGGGAGAAUGGAGCUUGGCUCCAUGUCGAUGGGGCUUUUGGUGGAUUCGCAGGAUUGAUGCCUGAGUUAUCAGAGUACACUAAGCAUAUGGAUGAGGCGGAUAGUCUAACACUUGAUGGUCACAAAUGGCUAAACGUACCGUACGAUUGUGGCUUGUUCUAUACCCGCCACGUAUCCUCGCUUACCAACGUAUUCCAACCACCCUCGGCUUCCGCACCAGCCUACCUAGCUUCCAACCCUACUCUCGCCACUACUCCAGCUUCAAACGAUCAAGAUAUUCCUGAAGGUACAGUCUUACCCGCCGAUGUUCCCAGUCCAUUAUUUGUGAAUAUCGAAAACUCGAGGAGGUUUAGGGCCUUGCCAUUGCUGGCUAGUUUACUGAGUUUGGGUAAAGAAGGUUAUAAAGAUAUAAUUACAAGAAACAUCCGAUUCGCCCGCUCUAUUGCGCAAUAUAUCGAUCAAUCAACAUACUAUAACCUCCUCAACCCAUCUCCCUCUUACCUCUCUUCGAAGGAUGGUGAAACUCCCAUCAUACCAUCAAACAUCGUGUUAUUCUGCCCUACAGCAGAAUCACCUUUCUCACCAUCCGAUCCCUCGUCUUCAGUGAAGUUAACGAAGGCUAUAAAUGAUACCAGGAAAUUAUACGUCUCGUCUACCUCCUGGAGGGGUCAAGGUGCGGUCAGGAUGGCGAUUAGCAAUUACUUAACUGAGGAAGGGAGGGAUUUGAAGAUUGUCUUGGAUGUGUUAGAAAAGAUUGGAAAGGGGGAGAGUGUGGUUUUUACGGAAUGA